CUACAGCGUCUCUCACCCCACCAAAGAACGUCCACCACGGCCAGCUUCGGCUCCAAAGAGGUUACAGCUGACGUGACCAUUCGCUGACUGACCUCUUUUCCCCAGACUUCUUCCCCAUGUUUCGCAUCGUAGCUUUCUUCUCUCUUCAUCCCCAUUACCGUCGACACAUCAAACCGCAAUCAUGAUCGCAAAGCUACCAAUUCCCCCCGCCACGCUCCUCAGCACCUACAGCUACCUCUCCCCGCAGGCCCUCUCCGUCACAGAGUACACCUUCCAGGUGCCUCUCGACUACGCCAAUCCCGAUGCCGGCACCAUCACCAUCUUUGCCCGCUCGGCUACCAAGUCCGAGCGGCCGCUUGUUCCCUCAGACUCGCCUGCUCCUCCUAGACCGUACAUGGUCUACCUGCAAGGCGGUCCUGGCUUUGGCUGCGAAACCCCUUCCGAAGCUCCCCCAACUCACGAGGUCCUGAAGCGUGGGUACCAAAUCAUAUAUAUUGACCACCGUGGAACUGGCAUGAGUACGCCAGUGACUGCCGAGACCCUCGACAAGAUCGCCAGCGACGUUGACGGCAAGGUCAAGUACCUCAAGCUCCUUCGCCAGGACAACACUGUCCGCGACUGCGAGGCUAUCCGCAAGUACUUGAACAAGGACCUCGAGGGUGACAAGGCCCAGUGGUCCCUCCUCGGCCAGUCCUACGGUGGCUUCAUAGGUCUCUCGUACCUGUCGAUGCACCCCGAAGGCCUUCGCGAGUGCUACUUCACUGGUGGCAUGGCCCCCAUUGGCAAGACAGCCGAGGAGCUUUACAGCGUCACCUUUGGUCAUGUUGAAAAGCGCACCGACGAAUAUUAUGCCAAGUUCCCUCAAGAUAUCGACAGCGUUAAGCAGAUUGCUGCCUUCAUUGAGAGCCAGGGUGGCAGCAUCGCCUUGCCCAAUGGCGGCAAGAUGACCGUGCCUCGAUUCAUGACAUUUGGUAUCAUCUUUGGCAAGCACGGAGGUUUUGACAUGCUCCACGAAGUUGUCCUUCGUCUCAAGAACUCCCUCGACCAAUUCGGUUUCUUCGUUCGCCCUGCGCUCCAGGCUUUCGCCGACUUCAGCGAAUUCGAUCAGUGCAUCAUCUACGCCAUCCUCCACGAGGCCAUCUACUGCGACGGCCCCAUUGCCACCAACUGGUCUGCCCAGCGCGUCGGCGAGAAGCUCGACAAGUACUUCUGGCUCAAGCCUGGAGCUGUCACGGCCAACACCGAGGGUCCUUUGUACUUCUCUGGUGAGAUGAUCUUCCCCUCACAUUUCGAUAACUUCUCGGGACUCCAGCCCCUCAAGGAAGUGGCUCAAAAGCUGGCCGAAUCUACAGAAUGGGACUACCUCUACGACCAGGAGCAGCUCAAGAAGAAUGAGGUCCCAGUCUAUGCCGCUUCCUACGUCAGCGACAUGUUUGUCGACUUUGGCUUCGCCACCAACACUGCCAACAUGACCAAGAACACGCAGGUCUUUGCUACCAACAUCUUAUAUCACAAUGCUAUUCGCCCCAAGACUGCCGAUGUUUUAGUACAAUUAUUCAAGCUCCGUGACGAUGUCAUGGACUAAGAGUUCCCCUAUAUAUAACGCCGAUACAAGACAGACCCCGAAAAAUAAAAGUUUUUGAUAUCCAUUU